AUGAGCGAAUUCAUCCAGGCAGCCAGUCACAGCGCACGAGUAUCGGUCGAGAUAGUAUCUGCGCGUGGCCUCCGCAACGAGCGGAAGCUCCCCUUCGCGCGCAUGAGCCCCUGCGCUCUCGUCUCCCUCCCCGCCCUCCCAUCCUGCUGGAAAGCAUUGCCGCCUGCCGUCAACGGCGGGCGAAACCCUAAUUGGGGCGGCGGGCCGCAAUUCACGGCGGAAUUCGUGGUGAAUGAUCUGCUGCCCCGCUUAGAGUCGUCUCCGCAGGAGCCAUCCGCCUCCUUCGUCCCUUCCGACUCUUCCUUUCCCGCCUCUCCCAUUUCCUCCGCUUCCGCCGAUUACAAAUCUACUGCCUCAACGUUUCCUUCCCCCGCCUCCUCCGCCGCCGCAGCAUCCUCCCCCUCCGCGGUUCUUCCCCCCCACGCGCGCGCGCAAGUGCGCGUGGAGCUCUUCAGCUCCGCCGCCCUGCGCAAGUCGCUCGGCGCGGCCACCGUGGUGCUAGACGCGGCGCUCCGCCGACCGGGGGAGUGGCAAUUAGCGCAGCUGCCAGUGAUGCGCGCGAAGCGCAAGGGGGGAGACGAGCGCGUGAAGCAGAGCGGAUGGGUGACGGUGCGGGUGAGGGUUGGGGGAAUAGCGGAGGGGGGAAAGGCGGAGGGGGGAGCACCAUGCUGGCAGCCGCCGCUUGCACCCAUCCCGUCAUUCUACAAGCACACAGGGACUGAUGACUGUGCUGACGUGGAUGGUGCUGACGUGGACGGUGCGAGAAGAGAGGGUGCAGCAGCUGCGGCGGGUGCAGUCCCAGCUGGCGCACCAGCAAUACCAAUCAGGGUGCAGGAGCACUUCGAGGCUACACAGUUACCAUCAUCCCAGAGCUGUCAGACCACUGCUCAUCCAUCUCAACCGCCUCCAACACCUCCACCACCGCCUGUUACUGGUUUCCCUGCCGUACCCCCUAAUAGUCACACUGUGCCACCUUAUUACCCUCCUCCCCAGUAUCCCCUACCCAACCUGGGACCAUACGCCCAAUCAGCCAGCAGCAGUCACCCAUACACAGCCUAUCCAGGGCCGACCAAUCCCCCUGCACCACGGUACCCCUCGUUACAAGCACCCCCAGUUACAGCGUACAAGCACAGCAAGCAUGGGCAGAAGAGGAGGGGGGCUGGCAGGGCGGGGCUGGGGGCAGGGUUGGCGCUGGGGGCACUGGGUGGGCUGUUGGUGGGGGAUGCCAUUGGGGAUGCUAUUGGGGAUGGGGUUGGGGAUGCUGGAGGGUUCGAUUUUGGAGGGUUUGGUGACUUCGGCUUUUGA